AUGCCAACGGCCGUCGAUGACACUAACAUCGGAUCGUAUCAGCAUCGCCAAACCUAUGGGGGGGAGGGGGCCGUUCUGCAGUCCGAGCCGCCCCCAAGUGCCCCCUUUUAUCCCAUCAAGAGACACCAGACGGGAGAGAAGCAAAAACGAACCCGCACCGGCGCCAACACCAAACGGUUCGACGCCAUUCCCAGUUGCGCCAAAAGGUCCGGCCGGCUGGAGCGGGCUCUCUACCCCGAGAUCUGGUAA